AUGAGUAGCGAUGAGGAUCACCAGAACACGGCGAUUAUAGUGGUAGCGGCCCUUUUCGUGUCGAUAGCAUGUGUAGCCGUUAUCCUCCGAUGCUAUGUCCGCGGCUGGGUGGUGAAGGCCUUUGGCUGGGAUGACGGCGCCAUGGUAGUGGCUAUGGCCUGGUAUGUGAUGUUCUCCGGGUCUAUGAUAGGAGCGGGGCUUCAUGGCAAUGGGCGACACUGGUAUCAUCUUGAGCCAGAGGAGCGUGUCAUCGCCAUGAAGUACUGGUGGCUUUGCGAAAUUGGUUUCUGCUUUGCAUCUAUUUUCUGCAAGAUUUCAAUUUGCAUUUUCCUGAUGCGAAUUUGUGUCAAGAAGCUCCACCUAUGGACUCUCUAUAGCGUCAUGGCUGCGACCGUCUUUGCUGGCCUGGUCUUUCUGUUUCUCAUGCUAUUCCAGUGCAAGCCAUUGUCCUUCUUCUGGACACGCUUAGCCCAUCACCCUGUUGUGAACAUCGAGGGCGAAGGGUCUUGUAUCAACAUGGAAAUCAUUGUCAUCAUGACAUAUAUCUAUAGUGCUUUUGCCGCAUUUUGCGACUUCACUGUGGGUAUCUUACCAAUCUUCGUUGUGCGUAAAUUACACAUGAAGCGACAGACAAAAAUGGCAGUAAUCGGAAUCUUGAGCAUGGCUUGCAUUGCAUCCUCCGCCGUUAUCGUACGUAUUCCUUUUGUUAAAACUUUUAAUGAUUUGGACGACUUUUUAUAUGCGACUGUUCAAAUUGCCUAUUGGUCGAAUCUUGAGUGCGGACUUGGUAUUACUGCUGGCUGUCUCGCAACCCUUCGUCCCCUUCUCCGCCAAUUGUUCGGUUCACGCAUAGAUUCAUCAAAUACUGGUGGAUUGCCCAAAUCUUACGGGCGGUACAAUCCUGCUAGUGGGCAACGACCGGUGCCUUUGGGAUCAAUGAACGGAACUAAUCGGAGCGGGUUGAGACCAGAUAAACUGGCUGUCAUGGUGACAAACAUCGAAAGCCAGAGAGACUUAGAAAGGUCAUGGCCCGGGUCAUAUAGCCCGAGCAGUAGUGAGGAACGUUUGACUACACAGCACCCUCCACUUCCAGGGGAAAUGAAAGUCGGUGUUCACCGGACGUUCGAGGUUACGCGAACGGCGGUGAAUGACGAUGAUUCAAGUGGCUCUCAGUGGAACGCGACAGAGCAUGUAUAA